AUGAAACAUUUAAAUUUCAAAUAUGUCACAAAAUCAAGACACAGCAUUUUAAUUGACAGACAGGACAUUAUUCUAUGGCGCCAGCGAUACCUUCGAAAAAUUAAAGAGUAUCGAAGGGAAGGAAGGUAUAUUUAUUACCAAGAUGAAACCUGGAUCAACGAAGGUCAUGCACCGAAGAAGGCAUGGAUUGACCAGACAGUGUUAUCGUCCCGCCAGGCCUUCCUAGAUGGCUUGACCACUGGCUUAAAACAGCCUUCAGGAAAGGGCAAACGAUUAAUUAUCGGCCAUAUAGGCGGGGAAGAAGGAUUCGUAGAAGACAGCUUAUUAAUAUUUGAAGCCAAAAAAAAUAAAGAAGAUUAUCAUCAAGAGAUGAAUGCCGAUUCCUUUGAGAAGUGGUUUAGGGGGGUCUUGCCAAAACUAAAACCAAAUUCCGUAGUAGUGAUGGAUAAUGCCCCCUACCACUCCAGGAAACUAGAAUCGCUGCCUAAAAUGUCUUGGACUAAACCUAGAAUACUAGAGUGGCUAACGAGCAAAAAUAUUUCAUUCGAAGCAACAAUGGUUAAAGCUACUCUUAUAGACAUUGUACGGCAGCACAAGCAAGAACAUUGCGAUAAGUAUGUUGUGGACGAGAUGGCAGCGCAGCAUGGGAUAAUUGUUUUACGUCUGCCCCCAUACCACUGUGAGCUCAAUCCCAUUGAGUUGGUAUGGGCGCAGGCUAAAGGAUAUGUUGCAAGAAAUAACAAAACCUUCAAAAUGACAGAAGUAAAAAAACUUUUUGAAGAAGGACUUCAACAUAUCACACCUGAAAAAUGGAAUAGCUGCGUGUCUCAUAUAAUUAAAAAAGAAGACAAAAUGUAUGGUCUCGACCACAUGAUUGACAAUGUUACUGACAGAUUUUUAAUUAAUGUCACCGAAAGCGAUAGUGAUGAUUUUUUAUCUGAUAAUGAAUAA